ACCUCCCUUUCAUCAUAACUUGAGUUGUGAGUUGUGAGUUGUGACUUGUUAGUUGUUAUCAAGGUCCAAACAGACAUGGGUUAUUUCAAGUUUCUUCUUUCAUUUUCUGUGUUGUCUGUUUUGUUUUCUGUCCUUCCCUUACUAAACCUUCAUUCCUUGAAGCCAUUAUUCCCCAUGCAAUUCUUUGGCUACACCGUUGACAAGAGCUACAUCUUCCUUCUAUGUAACAGCCUUCUAGUUUUUAUAGCCAUCAACUCUGCUCCAAUCAAUCAAUCUGAUCAAAACAGCAACGAGAAUAUAAGCCACUCAGAAUUCAACGUAUCAUACACUGCAGCACCAAUUGCUGAUGAACAUCCUGUGGAAACUGAAUCCCCAGAAGAAGAACAAGAACAAGAACAAGAACAACAAGAAGCAGAAGAACAAGAAGAAGAAGAGAGCUUGGUUACAUUAGAAGCUGAAAAUGUGCUUCCAGAUACAAAUGAAGAUGAUGAAGAGGAAAAUGCCCUUAUGUUCAUUGUUGAAGAUGAGCAUGAGGAAUGUGGAGAUGAGACGGAGGAGUUAAAUAAGAAAUGUGAAGAUUUUAUUAAAAAGAUGAAAGCUGCGUUCUGUUCAGAAUCAGAGCCAAUAGCUGAUGGCAGUUUUUAUUUUGGUUAUCAGAAAUCAUUGGUGGUUGUGAAUUAAGUAGCAAUGUUCCUUUUACAUGAACAUCUCUUGAUCCUUUUUAGUUUACUUUAGCUCAGGGUUCCUUAUUAAGUUUUUUAUUGUAGGAAUUAAAUCCAGGCCUACAUGGUUCUGUAGUCUGUACUAGCUUCUGUUCUCUGUUUUAUGUACAAUGUGUUCUAUUCUAGUGGAAAUUUUAUGCAAAUCGUGUUAAGUGUUAA